ACCAUGGAGACCGUUCUAGUCGUCGGAGCCACGGGGAAUAUCGGCGUCGCGGCCGUCAUGGCAGCGCUGCGUUCCAAACGCAACGUCCUGGCCGUUGUCCGCAACCAGACAUCGGCCGACAAGCUUGUGAAGCACAUCGGGUCGUCCAAGGGGAUCACCUUUGCCGAAGCCAAUGUCCUCUCGGAUUCGGGGGUCAAGGGGGUGGUUGAUCAAGUCCGAGCAGGCAAACUGCCGGCUUUCCAGCAUGUGUUUUCCAGCGUUGGCGGCCAGUAUACGACGAUUUCUCUGCAGGAGAUCACCACCGAGACGCUACACAGCAACAUGAAAGCCUCUUUUGAAUCCAACUUUUUCGCCUACCGGGAUACAAUCGGCUAUCUGCUGGAACAAAAGAACCCGUCCAGCACAUGGACGCUGUGUACCGGCGCACAAGGCGAAUUGGCACUGCGACCCAUGCCGGCCAUGACGCAGGGCGCGCUGUUCUCCAUGUCGACGGCGGCGGCGCGCGAGAACGAAAAGACCAACGUCCGGUUCAACGAGCUGUACCUUGGCUUUCGGGUCGAGGUGGACCAAGACGCCGUGCAGCAUGGGGUGACCAAGUCGUCCGAGUUUGCGAAUGUGUAUGAGCUGAUUCUGGGGAGUCCUGAAGUGCGCAGCGCGCGGGUCCGGGUGGAUGGUCCGGAUGAUAUUCGCACGUUGAAGUAUCAUAGGAAGUUCUAGAGAAAUACAACAGUUCGAUUAGUCUAUCUUCACUAUACAUAACGUUCAACUAUAUUCUUCAUAAGACUUUGGAGAAAGACUGC